AACAAGCUACGGCUCUGUUCCUUAAUAAACAAUUAACAAAGGAAAUUAUACACUGAAUGUGGGGUUUGUUUUAAGUUAUUCCAUUCCAUAAAAAGAAAAAGUUAAAAAGUUACAAUGAAUGGGAUGGGCAAAACUUACGCAGUUCCCAACAAAUAGGCCGUAUAAUGAUGAAACUUAAAAGAUGAUGCCGGUUUCCAACGAAUAGGAAAUUUUACUUCAUAUCCCUACACUUAUAUUAAUAUUCCUACAAUUUUUUAAAAAUAUCAAUUUUAUCCUUAAUUGUUUUGAACCAGUUUAUCAUUUCAUUUUUAACCAUUCAAUUGAGAGUUUCAAAAAUUACACUUUUCAGCCUCGUACCAGAAUUCCUUGAAAAAGAUAUCUGAUAUGUAUUUUUUUCAAACCAGAAGACUUUGUGAAAGACAUUCGGAACACUGCAAACAGUAUACUAGAAGAGUUAUCUAAAGAGUUCCGGUUCUUUUUGAAAAAAUUUUUUUUGGAACACUUAUCAUAUAUGUUCCGAUUAACAAAGUGACAUAUACCAGAACUCUUCCUUGAAGACUUCCGGUAUUAUAUUUCUGUAAUCCGGAACUCUUCGUUGAAGACUUUCGGUUUGCAUUUUUAAUUUUUUUUUAUUGUGCAGGAAUGAAAAAUCUUUCCCAAAUAUGUGUAGAUACUUCUGAUGCGUUUUUAACCACUCAAAUAUUUGGUACACGAAAAGAGGUGAUCAUAUGGAUUAAAGAGGUUGGAAUCGAUAAUAAAGUAACCGUUAUUAUCACUCAUUCAGAUACUGAAACAAGAAAGAGAGAGAAGUAACAAAUUAAUAUUUGGUUGUGAUAAAGGUGGGAAACACAAGGAUACUGAUAGUGGAUAACACCUAUUGUGUUAGUUAUGGAUAACACCUACAAGACAAAUAAAUAUAGACAACCUUUGUUUGAAAUUGUUGGCAUGACAUCAACCGAGUUGACUUUUGCUGUCGCAUUUGUGUAUAUGGAGUCUGAGCAGACAGAGAAUUUUUGCUGGGUAUUGGAGAAACUUAAAGAAUUGUUUGUGAAGAAAUGUUUGUGUCCACAAGUGAUUUUGACAGAUAGAGAUCUUUCUUUGAUGAAAGCAAUUGAAAUUGUGCUUCCCAGUUCGAUUAAUUUGCUAUGUAGAUUUCACAUUAACAAAAAUGUUGGUGCAAAAUGCAAACAAUAUGUGGUGAAUGACAUGCAAAAGACGAUAGACACAUUAUGGAUGGAAGUUGUUUGGGCUAGUGAUGAGAUUGAGUAUGGCCAACGGUUGCAUCAACUUGAGCAGGCAUGUGUUGAUUAUAGUGGAUUUAUUAAUUAUGUGAAAGAUACAUGGUUGACUCCACAUAGACAGAGAUUUGUUGGAGCAUGAAUUAAUCGAGUGCUACAUUUGGGUAACACGACGACUAAUCGGUACGUGUUAUAAUUUUUACUAUGUAUUUUUUUUAUAUGUGAUAUUUUUAAUAUUUUCAAUAUGUUAUUUUUAGGAUUGAAUCUGCUCAUUAGAAGUUAAAACAAAUGUUAGGAAACAAUAUAGGUGACAUGGUCAAAUGUUGGAAAGCUAUGAAUAACAACUUGAGGUUACAACUGGGCAACAUUAUAGCUUUUUUUCAAAAAAGUUUUUACGAAGUUGAGCACGCGCACAUAAGUCCAUUUUCGAAGAAGUUAAAAUUGUCAAAGAAGCAACCACAAUCAAAGAAACAUUUCACUCUUCAAUUUCCUAAUCAUAUUAGGACAUACAUUGAAGAUGUAGUCAAUGUUAUAUCAGAUGGUAAUUGUGGAUUUAGAGUCAUUGCAUCAUUGCAUGGAUAUGGCGAGGAUGGUUGGUCAAUGGUUCGCCGAGACUUGGAGUUGGAAAUAAUAGACAAGGAUAGGUCAACGUUGUAUGACAAGUUAUUUUGUAAUCGGUUGGCAGAAGUGAGAGAAUCUUUGAUGAUAAAAUCCUUUGGUUCACAACCAUCAGAAAAAUGGUUGACUCUACCAGAUAUAGGUUACUUGAUAGCGAAUCGCUAUAAUGUUGUACUUGUCUGUUUAGGAAAUCCGUGCAUGACUUUCUUUCCUAUGACAAGUUCACAUUCACCAAAUGUCUCCAUUUAUUGCAUUGGUUUUGUUAACCAAAAUCAUUGGGUUCAGGUUAACAUGAAAGAGGGGUUUCCGUUGCCACCGGUCACAUUAGAUUGGAAGAAGUUUCGUUGUCAAACAGCAACGUCUUGCAUGUUAGGAUUUACAGGACGUCUACAACAUUGACAAUUACUUACGCCUAUUUUAGCAUGAAUAUGUAAUCAAAAAAUGAAUAUUAUAUUAUGUCUAUUUUAUUACAUUCAGUUCUAAAAGUUAAUACAUAUAUCAAUGUGAACGAGAAAUAUGCAAAGCUUCAAAUAAAUCAGCAAACUGCGGAUCUUCCUCUUCGGCAUUAACCUGUCUCAGAUAACGAUGAAUCAAUGUAGAUACACGAGCCCGAUUAGGAUCAGAUGGUCCUGCAUCGUAAAUAUGAACUGUCACCUCUCUUGGUUCGUCACGAUGGGGAAGGACCAAACGUGGA